AGUAUGCUCUGUUCUCUUUAUCAUGCAAGUCACUAGUAAACAGAUUCAAUCUUGUCCUUUUUCAGCAGUCUACCUUGUGUUUAGUCAGGUUAAGAACCCAACGAUCUACUGUGAUACCGUUGGAACAACUGUUUGGACAAAUGUACUGAAGGUUGUACUCGAAGAGAGAGGGCCAGGACGUCAUUUUGUGGCUAGGGUUAAUCAAUAAAACAGCACUACCUCUAAAAUGAGUCUCUCAGAGGUGAAUGGGGAGGGCGCUGACGCAACCAGGCGUAUCUUUGAGGACCCCGACACUGUAAAAGAAGCUGAAAGGGUGCAUCAGAAGAGACCAGUCUCCUCUGUACCCAGCUGUCUGUCCAUGAAGAGUGACCGGUCUAAGGAUGUACCUCUAUUUUUCGGGUCGGAGAGACCAGUCUCCCCUGUACCCAGCUGUCUGUCCAUGAAGAGUGACCGGUCUAAGGAUGUACCUCUAUUUUUCGGGUCGGAGAGACCAGUCUUCCCUGUACCCAGCUGUCUGUCCAUGAAGAGUGACCGGUCUAAGGAUGUACCUCUAUUUUUCGGGUCGGAGAGACCAGUCUCCCCUGUACCCAGCUGUCUGUCCAUGAAGAGUGACCGGUCUAAGGAUGUACCUCUAUUUUUCGGGUCGGAGAUACCAGUCUCCCCUGUACCCAGCUGUCUGUCCAUGAAGAGUGACCGGUCUAAGGAUGUACCUCUAUUUUUCGAGCCGGAGAGACCAGUCUCCCCUGUAUCCAGCUGUCUGUCCAUGAAGAGUGACCGGUCUAAGGAUGUACCUCUAUUUUUCGAGCCGGAGAGACCAGUCUCCCCUGUAUCCAGCUGUCUGUCCAUGAAGAGUGACCAGUCAAUGGAUGCACCAGUAAUAACAGAACCAAAAGUCCAAUGUGAGAAACUACAGGUUGAAGCAGAAUCCCAGAAUCAACGAACGGAUGUGAACUCAAUAUUCAAGGUGCUUGAAGACCGCGUCAUUGUUUUGGUAAAACGUGAGUUGAAGCGGUUCAAGAGGAUACUGAAUGAAGUUCAGAGGGACGAUGAGGAAGUGGUAGAUGCUGAAGAUGAGAAGCAGGAGAGCAGUGCCAGAGAUGGGGCUCUGAAGAUCACACUACACAUCCUGAGGAACAUGAACCAGAAGGAGCUCGCUGACACACUGGAGAACAGUCUUCUAGGAGAACUUGUUGCGUGUCAACAGAAACUCAAAUACAAUCUGAACAGGAACUUUAAGAAUGUGUUUGAGGGAAUAGCCAAGCAAGGAAACCCAACUCUUCUCAGUAAGAUCUACACAGAGCUUUACAUCACAGAGGGUGGAAGUGGAGAAGUCAAUAAUGAACACGAGGUGAGACAGAUCGAGGCGGCGUCCAAGAGACCAGCAACACAAGAGACGCCAAUCAAAUGCCACGACAUCUUUAAACCUUUACCUGGACAAGACAAAGAAAUCAGGACUGUGCUGACAAAGGGAGUCGCUGGUAUUGGAAAAACAAUCUCUGUGCAGAAGUUAAUUCUGGACUGGGCUGAAGGAAAAGGAAAUCAUGAAAUCCAAUUGAUAUUUCCACUUCCUUUUCGAGAUCUGAAUAUGAUGAAGGGGAAUAAAUACAGCUUGAUGGAACUUCUUCAUCACUUUUUCAUCGAAACCAAAGAAUCGGGAAUCUCCGACUUUGACAAGUACAAGGUUCUGUUUGUGUUUGAUGGUCUGGAUGAGUGUCGACUUCCUCUUGAAUUCAAGAACAAUGAGCGCUGUUGCGAUGUCACAAAGUCAACGUCAGUGGACGUGCUGCUGACGAACCUCAUCAAGGGGAAUCUUCUUCCCUCUGCUCUCCUCUGGAUAACCUCCCGACCUGCAGCAGCCAACCAGAUCCCUCCUGAGUGUGUUGACCAGGUGACAGAGAUACGAGGGUUCAAUGACCAACAGAAGGAGGAGUACUUUAAGAAGAGAUACCACGAUGAGAAGAACAUGGCCAGCAGAAUCAUCUCACACAUAAAGACAUCAAGGAGCCUCUACAUCAUGUGCCACAUCCCAGUGUUCUGUUGGAUCUCUGCCACUGUCCUAGAGACACUGUUUGGUGACGCACAGAGUGGAGAGAUGCCCAAGACUCUGACUCAAAUGUACAAACACUUCCUGAUCUUUACCAUACUGCACAAAAAACUGAAAUUUCCAAAGGGACCAGAGAAAGCGGAGUCAGAUUCACAGAUGAAAACAGAUGAGGAGAUCAUCUUGAAACUGGGAGAACUGGCUUUCAGACAGCUGGAAAAGGGGAAUCUAAUAUUCUACGAGGAAGACCUGAGAGAAUGUGGCAUUGAUGUCACAGAAGCGUCCGUCUACUCAGGAGUGUGUACACAGAUUUUCAGAGAGGAGAAUGGGAUGUACCAGGAGAAGCUGUAUUGCUUUGUGCAUCUGAGCAUCCAGGAGUUUCUGGGUGCUGUGUAUGUGUUUGUCACAUUCAACAACGACAGUUUAAAUCUAAUGGCAGAACCUGAAACCACCACCAGAAACCACCAGAUGUCUGGUGACAUAUCAAAAGACAAACUUACAGCCAUCCUCCACAAGUGUGCAGUGGACAAGGCCUUACAGAGUGAGAACGGACACCUGGACCUGUUUCUCCGCUUCCUUCUGGGUCUCUCGCUGGACUCCAAUCAGACUUUUCUACGAGGCCUACUGACACGGACAGGAAGCAAGUCACAGACCAAUGAGAUAACGAUCAAUUACAUCAAGGAGAAGAUCAGGGAGAAUCCUUCUCCAGAGAGGUGCAUCAAUCUGUUCCACUGUCUGAAUGAACUGAAUGACCAUUCUCUAGUGGAGGAGAUCCAAAUCUACCUGAGAUCAGGAAGUCUCUCAGAACCCAACCUGUCACCUGCACAUUGGUCAGCUCUGGUCUUUGUGUUGCUGACUUCAGAAGAGGAGCUGGAUGUGUUUGACCUGAAGAAAUACUCCAGAUCAGAGGAAGGUCUUCUGAGGCUGCUACCAGUGGUCAAAGCCUCCAGGACAGUCCUGCUAAAUGGAUGUAACCUCACAGAGAGAUGCUGUGAAGCGUUAGCCUCUGUUCUCAGCUCAAACCCCUCCCAGCUGAGAGAACUGGACCUGAGUGAAAACGACCUGCUGGAUUCAGGAGUGAAGCUGCUCUCUGUUGGACUGGAGAGUCCAAACUGUAAACUGGAGACACUGAGGUUGUCAUUCUGUUUAGUCACAGAGGAAGGCUGUGGUUCUCUGGCUUCAGCUCUGAGGUCAAACCCCUCCCACCUGAGAGAGCUGGACCUUACCCACAAUCACCCAGGAGACUCCGGAGUGAAGCUGCUCUCUGCUAUAGUGGAAGAUCCACAAUAUAAACUGGAGAAACUCAGUGUGGAUCAUAACUCCGAGUGUUGGUUAAAAUCAGCACUUAAGAAAUAUGCCUGUGAAUUGACACUGGAUCCAAACACAGCAUUCAAAAAUCUCUCUCUGUCUGAGGAGAACAGAAAGGUGACACGGGUGGACGAAGAGCAGACGUAUCCUGUCCACACAGAUAGAUUUGAGAACUGGGAUCAGGUGCUGUGUCGAGAGGGUCUGACUGGACGCUGUUACUGGGAGGUGGAGUGGAUGGGGCACGAGGUCCAUGUAGGUGUAACGUACAGUGGAAUAGGAAGGAAAGGAAGGGGUCAUGACUGUGGACUUGGAUACAAUAACAAGUCCUGGACUCUUAGUUGUAAUAAUGAUAUUUACACUGCCAGGUACAAUAAGAAGCCCAUAGCCGUACCUGACCACGCCUUUCGCUCCCACAGAAUAGGAGUGUAUCUGGACUGGCCGGCCGGUACUUUGUCCUUCUACAGCGUUUCCUCCGACACAAUGACCCACCUGCACACAUUCCACUCCACAUUCACUGAGCCCCUCUAUCCAGCAUUUCGGAUCUGGUACUGUGGCGCCUCUCUGUCCCUGUGCCAGGUUACCGCUGAGUCAGGUUACCGCUGUGCCAGGUUCCCGCUGAGCCAGGUUACCGCUGAGCCAGGUUACCGCUGUGCCAGGUUACCGCUGAGUCAGGUUACCGCUGAGUCAGGUUACCGCUGAGUCAGGUUACCGCUGAGUCAGGUUACCGCUGAGUCAGGUUACCGCUGAGUCAGGUUACCGCUGAGUCAGGUUACCGCUGAGUCAGGUUACCGCUGAGUCAGGUUACCGCUGAGUCAGGUUACCGCUGAGUCAGGUUACCGCUGAGUCAGGUUACCGCUGAGCCAGGUUACCGCUGAGCCAGGUUACCGCUGAGCCAGGUUACCGCUGAGUCAGGUUACCGCUGAGUCAGGUUACCGCUGAGCCAGGUUACCGCUGUGCCAGGUUACCGCUGUGCCAGGUUACCGCUGAGUCAGGUUACCGCUGAGCCAGGUUACCGCUGUGCCAGGUUACCGCUGAGUCAGGUUACCGCUGAGUCAGGUUACCGCUGAGUCAGGUUACCGCUGAGUCAGGUUACCGCUGAGCCAGGUUACCGCUGAGCCAGGUUACCGCUGAGCCAGGUUACCGCUGAGCCAGGUUACCGCUGUGCCAGGUUCCCGCUGUGCCAGGUUCCCGCUGUGCCAGGUUCCCGCUGUGCCAGGUUCCCGCUGUGCCAGGUUCCCGCUGUGCCAGGUUCCCGCUGUGCCAGGUUCCCGCUGUGCCAGGUUCCCGCUGUGCCAGGUUCCCGCUGUGCCAGGUUCCCGCUGUGCCAGGUUCCCGCUGUGCCAGGUUCCCGCUGUGCCAGGUUACCGCUGAGCCAGGUUCCCGCUGAGCCAGGUUCCCGCUGUGCCAGGUUCCCGCUGUGCCAGGUUCCCGCUGUGCCAGGUUCCCGCUGUGCCAGGUUCCCGCUGAGCCAGGUUCCCGCUGAGCCAGGUUCCCGCUGAGCCAGGUUCCCGCUGAGCCAGGUUCCCGCUGAGCCAGGUUCCCGCUGUGCCAGGUUCCCGCUGUGCCAGGUUCCCGCUGUGCCAGUUCCCGCUGUGCCAGUUCCCGCUGUGCCAGGUUCCCGCUGAGCCAGGUUCCCGCUGUGCCAGGUUCCCGCUGAGCCAGUUUACCGCUGAGCCAGGUUCCCGCUGAGCCAGGUUCCCGCUGAGCCAGGUUCCCGCUGAGCCAGGUUCCCGCUGAGCCAGGUUCCCGCUGAGCCAGUUUACCGCUGUGCCAGGUUCCCGCUGUGCCCCAGUGAAUACAAAGAAAGUAUUUAAAUGACAAAUGAACUGUAGCUUUGACACCAGAACCGGAUCUUGCGGGAGCUCUGGCCUCAGACCAGUGACAUGUUUUCAUCUGUCACAAGGUGAACUGUAGAGCACUUUAAAGCUUAGAUGUAGUUUGCGUAUAUCCAUUGUGUACUUAUCAGGAGUUGACUGUAUUUUGUGUUCGAGUUAUUAAAGUAUCGAACUAUCAGUAUUCUGAGUUCAGUUAUAUGCUAGAUUUGGAGUAUGUCAUUUGUUUUUGUCCUUUUCAGUUCUAGAUCUGAGAUUUUAUUAUAAUUUUUUUUUAAAAGCCUUUGUUUUGUAGAGCAAACUUUGAUGUGACAACAAAACAAUUUGUGUGUGAAGAUUCUGACGUUAAACCUGAGUUUAUUCGCCUGCACAGCAAAGGGAAUCAGUUCAUUGAUGCCUACCUGCACAGCAAAGGGAAUUAAUUAAUUCAUGCCUACCUGCACAGCAAAGGGAAUCAGUUCAUUGAUGCUUACCUGCACAGCAAAGGGAAUUAAUUAAUUCAUGCCUACCUGCACAGCAAAGGGAAUGAAUUCAUUCAUGCCUACAUGCACAGCAAAGGGAAUGAAUUCAUUCAUGCCUACCUGCACAGCAAAGGGAAUGAAUUCAUUCAUGCCUACCUGCACAGCAAAGGGAAUGAAUUCAUUCAUGCCUACCUGCACAGCAAAGGGAAUGAAUUCAUUCAUGCCUACCUGCACAGCAAAGGGAAUGAGUUCAUUCAUGCCUACCUGCACAGCAAAGGGAAUGAAUUCAUUCAUGCCUACCUGCACAGCAAAGGGAAUGAAUUCAUUCAUGCCUACCUGCACAGCAAAGGGAAUGAGUUCAUUCAUGCCUACCUGCACAGCAAAGGGAAUGAGUUCAUUCAUGCCUACCUGCACAGCAAAGGGAAUGAAUUCAUUCAUGCCUACCUGCACAGCAAAGGGAAUGAAUUCAUUCAUGCCUACCUGCACAGCAAAGGGAAUGAAUUCAUUCAUGCCUACCUGCACAGCAAAGGGAAUGAAUUCAUUCAUGCCUACCUGCACAGCAAAGGGAAUGCAUUCAUUCAUGCCUACCUGCACAGCAAAGGGAAUGAAUUCAUUCAUGCCUACCUGCACAGCAAAGGGAAUGAAUUCAUUCAUGCCUACCUGCACAGCAAAGGGAAUGAAUUCAUUCAUGCCUACCUGCACAGCAAAGGGAAUGAGUUCAUUCAUGCCUACCUGCACAGCAAAGGGAAUGAAUUCAUUUAACUGUGGAUUUAAAAUACAGUGAAUGUUAUGUGUUGUCUCAAUGUAAAACUACACCACAAUGGAAGAUUCCUUAAAAACAACACUCCAUCAGGGAGAAAGAGAGAGGCAGGUGGGGGAGUGAUGUAGUGAUGUUUUUCCAUUGAACAUUGAACAUUUAAAUAUGAAAUCACGUUUAGUUUUUUAUAUGCCAAAGAAAAUGAAAGUGGUUCUUUGUUUGUUUUUCUCUUUCCUAUCCAAUAAAUAAAAAACAAACAAGUC